AUGUCUCCAAUUAGUCAAAUGAAUAGACCGGAACAUACUCCAUACCCAAAGCUUUCCACCACUCAGAUCGAAGAGAACGUUCUUCCUCAAUUGAAUCAAUGGGCUCUAUGUAAUGGUUUGAUCAUGGCCGACAAGGAUAAUGCCAGUAAAGCUACUGUUGCACCAACUACUGUCUUCCCAACUCCUAUUCCAGCCAAGGUAUUCGAGAACGCGAAGACUCUGCAAAAGACUUACAAUCAAUUGUACGCCCAAGUUUCAAACUCUGAUUGGUUGAUGGAAGAAAGUGCUAAGCUUACCCAUUCCGAUCCUGAGUUUACUGGUAAACUUUACGAUAUGGCCAAGAAAUGUGACUCUAAGCAAACUUUGAAACUAGGUUUAUUUAGAUCCGAUUACUUGAUCGAUAAAAGUUCUGAACAAAUUAAACAAGUCGAAUUCAACACUGUGUCUGUGUCUUUCGCUGGUUUAUCUACCAGAGUUGGUGAACUACAUUCUUUCUUGAACAGUUUGGGUGCGUACGAUUCCACUGGUGAGAUGAAGAUGUUUUAUGAAGGUAUGGGUGAAUUACCUGUCUCUGAAUCAUCUGUCUUCAUGCCAAGGGGUCUAGCUCGUGCUUUCACCAUGUAUCCAUCCAUGAAUUCCGAAACCAAGAAAGAAAAGGCUGCUAUUGCUUUUAUCGUUGAACCAAACGAAACCAAUUUAUUCGAUCAAAAAGUAAUUGAAUUCAAUUUGCUGAGAUUAUACGGUAUUAAGAGUAUCAGAUUAACUUUUGAAGAAGCUCUAAAGGAUCUGGAAUACAGUACAUUCGAUGACAACAAGAGAAUUAUUCACAAGAAGACUGGUAAAGAAAUCGGUGUCGUCUACUACAGAACUGGGUACACCACUGGUGAUUACUAUAACGAAUCCUGCUGGAAAGCCAGAGAGUUCUUAGAAAACUCCUUUGCCAUUAAAGCUCCAACUUUAGAUAUUCAACUGGCUGGUUCUAAGAAAGUUCAACAAUUGUUGACUCAAGAUGAAAUUUUAGACAAAUUUAUUGACGACGAAGCCACUAAGAAAGAACUUGUCAAGACUUUUGUAAAGAUUUAUCCAUUAGAUGAUUCUAAACUUGGUAAAGAAGGUAAGAAAUUGGCUCUAGCUUGUACCUCUAACAAUGCUAAAUAUGUAUUGAAACCACAAAGAGAAGGUGGUGGCAACAAUAUUUACAAAGAAGAAAUUCCAAAUUUUUUGAAAACUAUUGAUGAAAGCGAAUGGGAUUCUUAUAUCUUAAUGGAAAUGAUUGACGUAAAGGCUAGCACUGAGAACUAUCUAGUUAGAGAUGGUAAGCUAACCAAAGAACCUGUUAUUAGUGAACUAGGUAUCUAUGGUACCAUCCUAUUUGACAAGGAUUCUAUCCGUUCCAACGAAUAUGCUGGUUCCUUAUUAAGAACAAAAUUGAGUUCUUCUAAUGAAGGUGGCGUCGUUGCAGGAUUUGGUACUGUUGACAGCAUGUGUCUAGUAUAA